UUGCAAGGGUUCCCUCAAACGUCUUAAAGUGACAGGCACUCAAUUAGACCUAUACACUACCAAGACUAUCUUAAAUCCCCCCCUGGAGACUGGAGAAACCAACCCAACCCACAUGCCAUAGGGCUGAAAUGGCAAAUGACAUACUGUGGAACUGUAAUAGACCUCUGAAGUUCACCUACAAAAAAGCUGCCAUCUUUGACAUUCGGUAUCUGGUGAUUUUUCCUAUGGAAAAUAACAUGGGGAUUUUGAAUUAUCGCACCUGUUAAACUCUCGCGUUUUCCUGAACACGCUUUUGUCUUCUGCCUUUGAGUGGAUACUGUGAUCUUCGGUAUGUGAAGGCGGGCACAUUUAGUUUUUUGCUACCCCAGACCUAACUUGCAAUGCAACUUGCCAUAGGUAGUUAGCUUCAAUUAAUAACCGGAUCUCCUUAUAUGGGCAAAGAUGGCCGUAUUGGUUCUUUUUUGUAGGCGAACUUCAGAGGUUUAUGAGCAGCGGCUCUGCGUUUAGGGACACUGGCACACUGUGGCUUUGGCAUGACAUGGCCAUGAGGGGGCAGCAGAGUUCUGGUGAUGACUGCCCAAAGAGCUGUUUUUGUUUGUUUUAGGUUAAAACAGUUAAACACAAUCAUAAAUGUCACCUAUCAUGGCAAUUUAUGAGGCAGGACAAAUAUGUUUAUGCCUGAAUACACACAAGCCAUUCAGAAAACAUGAAUUUAGUUUUGAUUUGCCAACAUGUCACCCAUGUUACCGUUUCUCUGAUCCUGAUUUGCACAAGUGCUUUUGUGCAGAAAUGAACAGAAAAGUAAAUUGUACAAGAAACCUGGACGCUGGAUGUUACUUGUGCCAUUGUGAACCCAUUGUUAAUGGAACCUUGUACUGUAUGAAGGCCACAGCUAAAAUGUUACUUAGCGUCUCUGGUAAGUUCCUCUAUACAUUUUGAACAGACUAAAAAGAUCAAGCACCACACGUGUUGACUUGUUGCCAAGGUAAUAGCAGAGGGGUGCUUUAGCCUGUGACAGCCAUAGGUUGGAAGGGUGAAAUAUGUUUUCAGAUUUUGUUAUCCCAAUGUUGCAAUAAACCUCUAACAAGUUAAAGAUAGAUAGAUACUUUAUUGAUCAUAUUCAAGUUCCCCUGUAUACUGAGCCUUCCACCUUGAUUGGCACCCCUGGAAAAGAUGAUUCAAAAUGGGUAUAAAUUCAACCCUGAAGGGAAGCAAAUUCAGUCUGAGAAGAAAACCCUCAAAGAAAUAAAUAUUUUUAACAAAAACACAAGUGAUACAAUUACUGGCACACUCAUAUUUAAUUUAAUUCUCUGUAAAGCCUCCAUUUGCCAAUAAAAGAGCUCUAAGUCUCCUAUAACAUCUUAUACAGUUAGAGCAUGGGAGCAGGGGAUUUGAGAGCAUUCCUCUUUACAGAAUAUCUGGAUCGUCCAGAUUCCUCGGCCCUUUCUUGUGCAUGCUCCCUUAAGCUUGCCCUACUGGUUUUCUAUGGAGUUCAGAUCAGGGGACUGAGUGACCAUCUCAGAAACUUGUUUUGUGUUCAGUAAGCCAUUUUGUGUUGAUGUAGGUCAUCCUAUGGAUCAUGACCCACAGUUGUCUUGGCAGAGGCAUCCAGAUUCUGCUUUGAGAUGCCCAGGUAUUUAUUCCAUGAUGCCAUUUGAGAUGCCCAGGUAUUUAGUCCAUGAUGCCAUGCGUUCUAAUGAGGUUCUCAGGUAUUUAGUCCAUGAUGCCAUGCAUUCUUAUGAGGUUCUCAGGUAUUUAGUCCAUGAUGCCAUGCAUUCUUAUGAGGUUCUCACUUAUUUAGUCCAUGAUGCCAUGUGUUCUAAUGAGGUUCUCAGGUAUUUAGUCGAUGAUGCCAUGCGUUCUAAUGAGGUUCUCGUGGCCCAGGCCUACAGUAUAGAACAUCACAGACCCUCCACUAUAUACUUAGCCAUGGAGUAGUCUUAUUUACGCCGCGUCCACCUUGAAUGCUUGCUGGGCAAAAAAAGCUUAAUUAAUGUUCUUUUCAUCUUACCAUAAAAUAUGAACCAGGCAGCUGCAUUGAACAACUCCAGUCAUUUACAUUUAUAACUUUUUUCCUGAAAUGCCUUUUGGAUAAUCUGUUAGCAUGGAGGUCACUUCUAAUGGGAUUUUCAGACGUGAUGACCCCAAGAUGCUCCUUUUAUCUGUGUCUCUCCAGCAGUCAUAUUUAGGGAAUUGUCUGUUAUCAUCCUCCUCACUGAUACCAUCCUCCUCACUGUUAAGGCAACAUGAACUUGGGUCCUUUUCCAGGCAAGUUUGCAACAGUUGCAUUUGACUGAAACCUCUUAAUUAUCGUUUAAACUACACAUUUGUGUUUACAGACAUGGAAUUGUUCCCAUAGCCCUUCCCUAUGAGGUCACUGCUCUUAUUUGCAUAUUUUCACCUUUCCAGUUCAUAUUAUGAAACAGGAAGUCAUGGAUUAUUCCUUGAAAGUUUAUUUAAGAACUGCAGAGUAGGCUAAUUAAAAAAAGAUGUCAGCAACAUUUUAAUAAGAUUGUCUAAGGGUGAAAAUAAGUGUGGCAUUUGUGUUUUUAUUUUUUUUUAAAAAUAGCCUCUGUGCAUUUCUUUAUGAUGCCAUUUUCUUCUCAGAAUAAAUUUGAUUUCCUUCAAGAUUAGGCUAAAUGUUUCUUCAUUGUUUUCAUUGUGAAAGACGAAACAGCAAAAGAUACUUUUUCCUAGGCCUGCCUCUUUUUACUUGUCCUUAGGGAGCGAAAACUGGCAAAGAGUUGAAAUCAGUUGAAAUCAAAUCAAAUGACAGUUUGAGAAGAUUUGUUUAACAAACGAGACAUCCCCGGCCGGGUUUUACAUAUAGGCAGGGCUUAGACCGUGCCUCAUAUGAACAUAGCGCACAACAUAUUACUUGCUGUAGACUAGGCUACGUAGUCUACCGGUUGUCAUUUUCUGUUACAAACUUUGUCACAAAUACUGACAAAAUCUCCGGCUGAGGUUCCUAUUACAGCAUAGUUUACUCAAUCAAUACAGAGCUCCGCAAACGUGGUAACCACCGUAUUCGGUAUUUGCUCAUUCAACACGGCUCUGCGUGCUUGUGUAUCCUCCCUCCCGAAAACGUCACGCGGUAAGUCUAUAGGCUACUUCAACCGGUGCCAUUCUUGUAUGACAGAAGAAUCCCCUGGAGCGCCUGCGGCCGAUACCCCACCUGCAACUCGCUGACAUCGCAUGUUAGAUGUUGAAUCUUUCCGAAGUAUACUUGACCAGAAGUAUGGAGGAUACGAGUUUAUAGAGGAAAACAACUACAAUAAUGAGAAGAAACACAAUGCAGUUGUUGGCUGGAGUCCUCUUCGCUACUUUGAUAUCUUUGAGUGGCUUUGUUUUGGCGGAGAAGAAAGUGUGCCAGGGAUUAAGCAAUAAGCUGACCUUGCUGGGCCAGUACGAUGACCACUACAGGAACCUGGUGCGGAUGUUCAGCAAUUGCACCGUUGUGCUGGAGAACCUGGAGAUUACCUACAUCCAGGAGCACCACGAUCUCUCCUUCCUCAGGAGCAUCGAGGAAGUGAGUGGCUACGUGCUGAUCGCCGUCAACUUUGUGGAGACGAUCCCGCUGGAGAACCUGAGGCUGAUUCGAGGCCACUCGCUCUACGAGAACCGCUUCGCCCUCACCAUCAUGUCCAACUACGACCGCAACUUCUCCUCGCCCACCAUCAACAUCACCCGCGGGCUACGCCAGCUGCCCCUGCGCAGUCUCUCAGAAAUCCUCCAUGGGGGCGUGAAAAUCACGCAUAACCAUCUACUGUGUAACAUCGACACCGUCCAGUGGAAAGACAUUGUGAACAGUGGAGAUUUGGUGUCCAUCAAAUCAAGUUUUGCCAGUUUCUGCCAAAGUUGUGACUCAAGUUGCCACAAUGGAUCCUGUUGGGCACCAGGACCUGAAAACUGCCAAACUAUGACCAGGCUGGUGUGUGCUGACCAGUGCUCACGGCGCUGUAAGGGGCCCAAGCCCAGCGACUGCUGCAAUGAGAACUGUGCUGGGGGCUGCACAGGGCCGUACGCCUCCGACUGCUUCGCCUGUAAGGACUUCCGAGAUGGUGGCACUUGUAAGCAUAUGUGUCCCCCUCUCAUGUUGUACGACCCCAAGACCCACCAGCUCGUCCACAACCCUCAGGCCAAAUACAGCUUUGGGGCCACCUGCGUCAAGACCUGUCCCCAUAACUAUGUUGUGACGGACCACGGGGCAUGUGUGCGUACCUGCAGCAGCAACACCUUUGAGAUGGAGGAGAACGGCAUCCGCAAGUGCAAGCAGUGUGACGGCCCCUGCCCCAAAGUUUGUAAUGGGCUUGGAAUGGGAAGACUAGCUGGUGUUAUGACAAUCAACGCAACAAACAUCGACUCCUUCAAAAACUGCACCAAGAUAAAUGGAGACAUAUCCAUUCUGAAGACCUCCUUAAAUGGAGACCCAUUCACUAAAACACCAAAGAUGGAUCCUGUGAAGUUGGACAUCUUCAGGACGGUGAGAGAAAUCACAGGCUUCCUGCUGAUACAGGCUUGGCCCCACAACCUGACGUCCCUCAGCCCCUUUGAGAACCUGGAGAUUAUCAGAGGCAGGACCCAGCAUCAGGGAACUGCGAGUUUCGCCGUCCUGCACAUCCCACACCUGGAGCACCUGGGCCUUCGCUCGCUGCGGGAGGUCAGUGGGGGCGACGUGGUCGUCCGCUACAACCCGCGCCUCUGCUACAUGGGUGACGGAGAGUACUGGAGAAACCUGCUGAGGCUCAAACAGCAGCGGUACGCUGUGGGCCAAAACGCUGACCACGCCACCUGCGAGCUGCGUAACAGCACGUGUGAUGACCGCUGCUCGGAGGCGGGGUGCUGGGGCCCUGGGCCCUCCAUGUGUCUCAGCUGCCAGCGCUUCAGCCGCAGGGGCCUCUGUGUGGACGCUUGCAGACUGCUGGACGGGUCUCCGAGAGAGUAUGUGCUGAACAAAACCUGUCUGGAAUGUGACCCGGAGUGCAAGCCGCAGAACGGCCGUCCGACCUGCUAUGGAGCGGGCCCAGGCCAGUGUGUGGAGUGCCUCCACUUUACCGACGGGCCGCGCUGUGUCCACCACUGUCCCCACAAUGUGUUUGGGGAGAACGACAAGCUCAUCUGGAAGUACCCUGACCGGAGGAGAGAGUGCCAGCCAUGCCACGCCAACUGUACACAAGGAUGUAGUGGGCCUGGACUGGCUGGCUGUGAACCAAGAAGCUCCCAGGUACCCAUGGUGGCGGCGGGCCUGGUGGGGGGACUGCUGGUGCUGCUCAUUCUCGCACUCUCCAUCUUCAUCCUCUCUCGCCGGCGUCACAUCCGCAGGAAGAGGACGCUACGCAGACUCCUCCAGGAGAGAGAGUUGGUGGAGCCUUUGACCCCGAGUGGGGAGGAGCCUAAUCAGGCCUUGCUGCGCAUCCUGAAGGAGACGGAGCUGCGGAAGAUGAAAGUGCUGGGCUCAGGAGCCUUCGGGACCGUCUACAAGGGUCUGUGGGUUCCUGAAGGAGAAGAUGUGAAGAUACCAGUUGCCAUCAAACUUCUGAGGGAAGUCUCAUCACCCAAAGCCAACAAAGAGAUCUUGGAUGAGGCGUACAUGAUGGCGAGCGUGGAACACCCCCACGUGUGCCGACUCCUGGGCAUCUGCCUGACGUCCCCAGUGCAGCUGGUCACCCAGAUCAUGCCGUUCGGCUGCCUGCUGGACUACGUGCGCGAGAACAAGGACAACAUCGGCUCUCAGACUCUCCUCAACUGGUGCGUCCAGAUCGCCAAGGGUAUGAGCUACUUGGAGGAUCGCCACUUGGUCCACCGGGACUUAGCAGCAAGGAACGUGCUGGUGAAGACUCCCAACCACGUGAAGAUCACCGACUUUGGGCUGGCUAAACUCCUCAGUGCAGACGAGAAGGAAUACCUUUCAGAUGGAGGCAAGGUUCCCAUCAAGUGGAUGGCGCUGGAGUCCAUUCUGCAUUGGACGUACACUCAUCAGAGCGACGUAUGGAGUUAUGGGGUGACCGUUUGGGAGCUGAUGACAUUCGGGUCGAAACCUUAUGACGGGAUCCCAGCUAGUGCCAUUGCUGACCUCCUGGAGAAGGGCGAGCGUCUACCCCAGCCUCCCAUAUGCACCAUAGACGUCUACAUGAUCAUGGUGAAAUGUUGGAUGAUUGAUGCGGACAGCAGACCUCACUUCAGGGAGCUUGUUGCGGAGUUCUCCAAAAUGGCUCGUGAUCCAUCACGCUACCUGGUCAUACAGGGUGACGAGCGGAUGUGCCUGCCGAGCCCGACGGACUCCCGCUUCUACCGGACGCUUGUCAGCACCGAGGGUAUCGACGACGUGGUUGACGCCGAGGAGUACCUGCUGCCCAACAAGGGCUUCUUCACCGAGGGCCAUCCCGGCAUGCCGUCUCCACAGCAACCGCAGCAUCCCCGCGUAACCACGGUGACCACCGCCUCCUACCGCACACACACACCAGCACACAACGGCUACAGGCACACAGGAAGUCCGCCGACCCCUCCCACUACCCCCCCAUCUCCACCGUCUCCAACACUGCAUGUCCUCACCAGAGCCAGAAAUGGUCACCCAGCAAGAGAGAACAGUAUCAUCCUCCGCUACAUCACUGACCCUACCAAGGGACCACUGGAGAAGGACCAUCCUCUGCCAGAGUAUGUGAACCAGCAAGAGUCCACACUGGGCAACAUGAUGAACCCAAACUACGAGGAGCUGAGAGGGGGGGGCAGUCAUGACGGUCGCCACAGUUACGAUGAUGAUGAGGAGGAGGAUUAUGAUGAAGAUGGGUACUGCGAGGUGCUCAGUGGAAAGCCGGACGCGCCAGAUUACCUGAACACGGCCAGCUGCACGCUCCCGCGCUCGCGCUGUGCCAACCUGGACAACCCGGACUACCAGGAGGACUUCCUGCCCCUGGACGUUCCCCGAGGCCUCUUCCUGCCAGCCGCAGAGAACCUGGAGUAUCUGGGGCUGAACGCUAAAGUGCAGACGCCGGCGCAUUAAGAGCUCGGGAGCAGCGCACAUAUGGACCAGCGCCACGUGAGACAGCUGGGGUCUAUCUGGGCCCUGGCCUGGCCUGGUCUGGAACAGAACAAGGGCCAAAACUGGAAUGUCAUAAACUUUUAUUUUAUCCUUCCGUGUUACUGAAGACUUAAUGGGGUUUUCACGUAAGCAUCUGAGCAAGUCUAAGGUUGUGUGUGUGUGUGUGUGUGUGUGUGUGUGUACACACGCACAGGGGAACUGACUUUGAAACAUCACAAGCCGCACCGGUUGAGUUGCCCGGACUGGUUGAGACUGCCCGGAUGCGCUGGAAAAAACGCUCUCGUCCACUCAUCCACAGGAUAAAGGUGGCGGAUGCUCGCUGGUCACGAACCUUGACCUCACCUUGAGCCGUGUAGCCCUGCAGUGGAGCAUCACGUCCACCGAGACGGGCCGCAGAGGAAAGGGCCGCCUCGCAGGACGUGACGCUCCACUGCCUGCCCUGGACAGAAGUGGGUUGUGCUGGACAGGCCAGAGGCGCGUAGACUGAUACACGUGUUGGAGUGCUGACAGAAUGAAGGCUGUUUUGUAGCAGGUUGAAUUGUUUUGUGACAACGAAUCAGCAGGAGUUUUCCCACAGAGAACUCUAAAAACUACUUGAAACAAUUACUCAUCUCUUUGUCAGAUGCUGCAUUUAAGUAGCAGGAUGGCUCUAUACUCUCACCGUAGUCAUAGCAUAAACUAAUACAAUUAACAACUAGUUCAACAAACUGAUUUCUUGUUUUCAGUAUACUUAUAGCAGGACACGAUACAGAUGACCUCCAGUUCUCAUCCCACGUAGAACAGAAAAAUGUGUUUUUGGAUGUUGUGUUUAUUUGUGUACAAAGUAGUCAGAAUGUUAUAAUUGUAAGUUUUUAUGGAGUGUAAUUUAAAAACCAGUAUUAUAGUUUUUUUUAUGUUAUUCAGGGGCCAAUUUUUAACAGGCAAGCAAUCUGUUCUGGGUCAAAUUUGUAAAGUAAGCAAGGCCACCUAAUAGCAAGGCGAAGUAAGCACACAUAACUAUUAAUUAUUCAAUCAAAGUCACUUUUAGUACAAAGCCUUGAAUAAUGCAUGUAGCACUGCAUGCGAAUCCCACUGUGUGGAGACUGAACACAAGAGAGCAGUGAUGGACAGGUGUAGUGCUGGCAGUGUUUGGGUCAUUAAACCCUCUGAUCUGACCAGGCCAAAUUCACAGGCCACAGAACUCACAGGCCACGAAGGGACAUUUGAACAGUUGCGGUUUCAGCACAUUUUGCUCAAAGUAUUCUGUAAAUAAAUGAUUGCAUUUUAUUAACUAAAAGAGAAAGAUUGAAGAUGGAAUAUCUUUUAGCUUUGCUGUGCCGUUUAAGAUGUUCUGAAUUCAGGCCGUUUACCUCCUCUACAAAACUGCACAAAGGAGAAUAAACAGAGAAUAAACUCAAGAGAGGCAACUACACUCUAAUGGACCUUCUAGUAAACAGGGAUUUACACAAUACGGGGCAUUUUUUGCUCAAAGUGCAACCUACGGUGGCCCAGACGGCUCAAAGUAAAUCCAAAGUAGGUAUGUUCUUCAAUCACUCAAAGAAGAAGGUGAAGCCAAGAAAAACAUGCAUUUUUAUGCAUGUAAUAAUUUUUAUUUCUUAGGAUCCCACGUUUGUGAUGUUAAAUAAUGUGUCAAUGCACUGUCUCUUAGGACCCUGCAAUUGUGAUGUGACCGUCUCAUCUAAUUGAGCCUAAGCUUUCCUUGUGCUCUUUUUCUACAAACAGAAGGUUUGAAUAUGAUCUUACAAACACAUUAUUACCAAAGACCGGUUGGUUCCAUCAGCAAUGAUCUGAUCUAAUUCCCGGGGUGUUUUUUAGGGAUAUGUCAACAUGCAAAUCCGUGUAACUGAAAUAAUGACGUCAGGUUUUUUCUCUACACACUCAUUGAACUUCACAGUCCUACAUAGGAGCCACUGUUUUGGUAGGUAGGCUUAGUUUAUAAAACACUGUUUUAGUAGGCCUAGUUUAUACAACACUGUUUUGGUAGCAUUUUUGGUAUACAUUUUGUAUAGCGCUAAAAUGAUAAACUGCUGAUAUAGGUCAUUUGGUUCCUUUAAAUAGAAGAACGUAUGUGUAUGCAUUUCAUUGGUCCUCGUGUGAUAUGGUGCACUUGUAGGUAUGUAGGUGUCCAGUGUAAAUGCACUUAAUAUUUACAUCUUGUUUGCUACUGAAUAUGUUGCCAUUCAAUAAAAAGAACGCAGUUGGA